ACCCAGAGGUCACUCCACUCAAGUCUCCCCAGAGGUGCUCCGCUUCUCCGUCUCCUCCCCGAGACCAUCCAACACACAGCAGCCCCGGUCCGAGAGCUCUCCAAAGCACCCCUAGCGCCCGGUGAUGUCUCUCCUCCUCAUCACGGUGCUGUCCUCGCUCAUAGUGCGCGAUGCUGCUGAGGCGUGGAGCGCCAAUGUCAAGUACGCGGUGAACUGCCCCGACAGAUGCAACCCGGAGCGGUGCGGCGCGACGCAGCGGUGCGCACGGACUGUCCUGGAUGACUGCGGCUGUUGCCAGGUCUGUGCGGCCGGCCGAGGGGAGCACUGCUACCGCACAGUGUCGGGGAUGCACGGGGUGAAGUGCGGACCGGGAUUAUUCUGCGAGUUCUACAAGGACGAGGACGAUUAUGGAGACGAAUAUGGGAUCUGCAAAGACUGUCUGUAUGGAACCUAUGGGAUGGAGUGCCGCAAGACAUGCAACUGCAAAGGUAGCAUAUGUGACAGGGAGACAGGAGCUUGUCUCACCCUCAAAUUCUUUGCCAAAAUCGCUGGCAAACUCAAGACUGACCCUCAAGAAGGGGGAGAUGUGGGCUCAGGAGAGGUCAGCACUGCCCAGAACACAGAUCAACUCACGGACAGAUCCACCGCUCCGAAGCGGCUCGAACCUCGCUGACAAGUGCUGACAAGACUGAAUCUAUUCAGUGUAAAUGUAGCAUUAACUUAUAAAUGAACUGAAAGAUAUAUUUUAUUAUGUUAAACGAUGAGAAACUUUUUUACAGCAUUUGGAAGUUUUGUUUUGUUCGUUUGGUCUUUUCUAGUCACACAAUACACAGGACUGUGUUAUUCUCUUCAAAUUCUCUUUUUCUCUGUUCUUUGUCUGCUGUUCAAGAUUAUCCUGGACUCUGUUCCCACGAGUGUCAGUGUAGACCUCAUUUAGUGUGCCUUCAUACAUUAUUGUUGAGAAAAAGAAAUGUUAAUGUCACAAGAAAAGGAUCUUGCAUUUAUUUUCAAACUGGACACAGCAACAUGUUUCAUGGAUUCAUUGUAGUCCACUAAAUAUGUUGAAGUUUUCCAUAGUGAUGUCUUAUUUGUACUGUAUAUAUGAAGAGCGGACAUGGAUGGAAAUAUCAUGUAUGUGAAACCAGCCAAUGUAAAGAAAGCCCUCACAAUUAAACCAAAGUUAU